CAGGGAGCUAAGCUACAAGUGUAGUUAUAGCCAUAAUCUAACCUAAAAUUAUUAUACCGGGUAAACAACGUUGUUUAGAUAUUUAUAUAUUUUAAUUACUAAGAUAAUUUUUCUAUAUAGCUUUAUAUACUUAUUCAACUCUUGAAUAAUGGCCGAGGAAGGAAAUGGAUCUGGAGUUGAGAAAAGGAAGAGAAUGUCUGUAGGACUUUACGUAAGCUGUCCACCAAAUAUAAAACAAGCAGUUAACGGAUCGAUAGAAUAUGGAUACCAUUUCAUAGUUACUCAAUUAACUCAUCCAAAUUAUACUAGAGAAAUUAGUAAAAUUGGCUCAGUUAUUGGUAGAACAGAUCGUGUCAUGAACAGCUCGGAUUGGAAUAGAUUAGUAGUAGCUCAAAUUACACCAACAAUUGAUUUAGAUAGUGAAGUUGAACAUAUAAGAGAACAUAGUAAAAAAAUGUUGAUGCAAGAAUUAGGAUUUGCAUCUCAUCUCGGAAUUCCAGCAAUCUGGAUUAGUUUAACUAAACCAAACAACGUACAGUUAGCUCGUGUUUUACUUGAAAAGUUGAUGGGAGGCUUCACUUACAGUGUGUGGGUAAAUAUUCCAAUGUUACAUCCAUCUAGAUUUAGUUGUUUAGCUGAAACGCAAUAUGAUUCUUGGAAUUGGUGGAAUGAAUUCCGUACUUAUUGUAAUUAUGAUAAAAGAUUAGGAUUAGCUCUAAAUCUAAGUGAUUCUAAACAUUUAGUACCUCCAAGUGAAUUAAAAAGAUGGAUUGGAGAACCAGUGAGAGCUAUUAUCAUCCCCACUUCUUAUUUUUUAAUCAACCAACAUGGAAAACCUGUACUUUCAAAAUUACAUCAAGAAGUUAUAAAAAAAUUCAUGAGCCUCGAUGUUCAAUAUAUAAUAAAAAAUGAUGUGGAUACCAAUGAUAUAUCUUUAUACAAUAGAUACAUACAUUUCUUGGGAAAAAAACUUUUCGUUGGUGACACUGUGAGUGAAUUUGUUCAUGGUUUUGAAGACUUUUUGCAGAAUCCUCUACAGCCUUUAACAGAGCAUUUAGAAACCAAUAUUUAUGAAAUUUUUGAAAAGGAUGAUGUUAAAUAUGAUUCUUAUCAGAGAGCUGUUUACAAAGCUGUAGAAGAUUUUCCUGGAGAAAAAACUCCUGUUAUCAUGGUUGUGGGGGCAGGAAGAGGACCCUUGGUACAAGCUGUUAUCAAUGUAGGCCUUAUUUUAAAUAGGAAGAUUAAAAUAUAUGCCGUUGAAAAAAAUCCUUUUGCUAUAAAUACAUUAAUACAUCGUUCUAAGGAAGAGUGGGGAAAUCAAGUAACAAUUGUAAAUGAAGAUAUGAGAACAUACAAACCCCCAGAACAAGCUGAUAUUUUGGUAUCAGAGUUAUUAGGUUCUUUUGGUGAUAACGAAUUAUCACCAGAGUGCAUAGAUGGUGCACAACGAUUUUUAAAAAAAUCUGGAAUAUCCAUUCCUCAAUCAUAUACCUCAUACUUAGCUCCUUUACAAAGUAUAAAAAUUUUUAAUGAAAUAAGAACAAACCGUCCUUUGGAUAAAACUUUACAAUAUUGUUAUGAAACUCCAUAUGUGACACAUUUAGCAAACUUUUACGAAAUAGCUCCAUCAUUGCCUCUUUUUACAUUCACACACCCCAAUUGGAUAGAACCUAUCAACAAUCAAAGAUACAAAAAACUAAAAUUUCGUGCCGAGCAAAGCUGUCUACUUACAGGAUUUGUUGGGUAUUUUGACACAAUUCUUUAUAAAGAUGUUACACUCAGUAUCCAUCCUGAAACAUAUACACCAGAUAUGGUCAGCUGGUUUCCUAUUGUGUUUCCUCUGGAAAAUCCUGUACAUGUAGAAGAAGGAACUUGGAUUGAAAUGUCUUUUUGGAGAGUAGAUUCAGAUGAGAAAGUAUGGUACGAAUGGUGUUUGCAUAAUCCAGUGAAAACUGGUAUUAUUAAUCCAAAUGGAAGGUCUUACUUCAUAAAAAAACAUUAGGAUACAUAUGUACUUCAUGAAAAUAAAUUUUUUUCUUACAA